AGCAAACUCACAAAGGCGGGGAUUUCACUUGGACGCUACUGUGUUAGCCUUGCUUCCGACUUGCUUCUGCGUUUCUACCUGUACGUUCCUGAAGCUCCCAUAUUGUUUGCCGGACCCAGAGUGGUGGCGAGAGGGGCUCACGCAGCUUGCUGCUUUUAUCGUCGCUCUGCAGCUCGCUUGUGGGCGAACUUGGUGCCAGCCAUGGUUGCAGUUAGAGCGCUAGAAAGAUAUAAUACGUUGCCAGAGCCCAAGACCUUUCGUCCAAGUUUGCCGCCAACGCAAGUCCCUCCCAGGUCGUGAACACGCCGUGGGCCUGAGGCCGCUGCCUUGCACGGUCAUUGCCGAUGGCGGCUUACGCGCCUGAGCUGCCAGGCGUUGGCGGGGCGCAGCCCCAGACCUCCGUAUCGCUGGCGGCAGCGGCUGCCGGGGGCGUCCCGGCUGCCGCUGCAGGGGGCGACGAGUACCUAGCAACGCAGAUCCUGGACCCCUGGCUGUUGGGUGCCACACAGAAGCCGGGGCUGCACCUGGCACCCCCCGGCAAAGCCCAGCUGGGGGUGCUACCAGCGGUAUCCAUGGCGCCCGCGGCAACUGGCACGGUGCCCGGCGAGGCGCGGCACCCGCUGGAGCAGGGGCCGCCGCCGGAUGCGGGUGCGGGUGAUGGUGCGGGCGCGGACGUGGACGUGGACGUGGUGGUGCUGGUGGCCACCGCCACUGCCACCACCACUGCCACUGCCACUGCGAUGGCGGCAGCGACUGCUGCUGCCACUGUUGCUGCUACUGCCGCACCCAGUGCUGACGUCGCGGCUCCUGAAGCCGCUGGCUGUGCAAGCGCGGGCCUGCGGGGUGGUGCUGCGGCUAGCGUGGGAGGCACGGAAGCCCGUGCCUGUGCAUCAGAGGAGCGGGAGGCAGAUGCAGUGGCGGCACCCGGGUCUCCCCAGCUGCAGCCCGUGCUUGAGGCUGACACAGCGGCUCCUGGGGUGCCGAGGGCCCCGGCUGGCGCUGGGCAUGAUUCUCAUGCAGUGCCGAUCGCUGGCGAGGACGCCGUGCGGCACCAGCACCAGCACCAACAGCAGCAGGAGCUCCGGGAGCAGCAGCAAGAGCAGCAGCAGGAGCAGCAGCAGGAGCAGCGCACCAUUGGCGAUGCCGCCGGACCUGACGCCCCCGGGGGGUUAGCGCCUGGCUCCAGUGGCGCUGCCGCCGUUUCGGCCCCGCCGCCGCCCACGGCUGUCCUCAAUGACGGGAGUAUCCACGGCCUGCCCGAGGGGCUCACGAGGCUCACAGGGGAGGAGCAGCAGCAGCUGCUGCUGCUGCUGGGGGCGGGAGGGGCACCUGGAGGUGGUGCUGACGCGGACGCGGGGGGCGUGGCUGUGUGUGGUGGCUCCCAGGAGGACCCCACGCCGCCACACCUGUCGCUGCACCUAGGACUGGAAGCGCCGGCCCCGGGGGCCGCACAGCAGCAGCAGGAGGGGGAGAAAGAGGAGGAGGCAACAGCUGAUGCAGGGGCGGGCGUGACUGGUGUUGCAGAUGGCACACUAAGUGCAGGAGCAGCCGCUGGCGCGGCUGCUGACGUGUCCGGGGGUGCGGCGGCACGGGAAGCUGCUAUUGGUGGUGCUGGGGGGUCGGUUGCAUCAGGGCGCGGCGAUGCGGAAGGCGCUGCGGACCAGGCCCAGGCCCAGGCGGACCUCCCGCAGUCGCAGCGCCAGCAGCGGCAGCAAGAGCUGGAGCAGCAAUCGCUCGCGGGGCCCAGCCUGCAGCUGAAGCUGGGCCCAGGGAUGGGGCUGGGGCUGGACGAAGGGGCGCCGCACGCUGACGCGGUGGCCGCGGCUGUGCAUGCGCCGGGGGACCAGGCCGUGGCCGCGGCCGGCCAGGCUGAUGGGCGUGCGCAGCCGUGCGGCCAGGCGCAGGCGCAGGAGCCUGCCGCCGCAGGGGCGGCAGCUGCACUGGGUGCGGAGUCCAGGGUCGCCGGCGGCCAGGGACCAGAUGCGGCGCUGGAGCAUGACGGCAGCCCCGGACCUGGACCUGGACCUGGACCUGGACCUGGACCUGGACCUGGACCUGGACCUGGACCUGGACCUGGACCUGGACCUGGACCUGGACCUGGACCUGGCGCUGGCGCUGGCGCCGCCGAUGCAGAGAUGGCGGGUGUGGCUGAGGGGCCAGUGCCACAGGACGUCACGGGGGAUGUGCGCCGUGCCGGGGUGGCCAUGGACACGGAUGAGCCGCAGCCGCAGCCGGCGGCGCAGCAGGCUGUGGAGCUGGUUGGAGGAGCGGGUGCGGGUGGAGGUGCACAUGUGCGGGUGGAGGAGGCGGCAGCCGGAGCUGCAGAUGUCGGUGGGGCGGGCACCUCCACGCCGAUGGAGGUUGACGCCGGUCAGGGCGCGGAGCCGCAGGCGGCUGCGGCUGUUGCGAGCGGCAGCAGGGGGCCGGAGGACCAACUGGGCUCGCCGGUGGGUGGCGCGGCGGCAGCAGCGGCCGCCGCCGCCGCCGUGCUGACGGUGAGCCGGCUGGCUGCGGCUCUGAACCCCUUCGACGCCUCGCAGUCGCAGUCCCAGCAGCCGUCCCUGCAUAUCCCGCUGCUGCUGCUGCCGGAGCUCACUCCGCAGACCUCACCUCCACAGCCGCAGCCGCUGCAUGGCCAGGCGAAGGUGCUGGCCACGCUCCAGGCUGCGGAUUCGCAGGCAACGCAGGAGACGCAGGAGGCACUUAUGCCGCGGCCCCAAAUAGCAGAGCAGUUGCAGCCACAGCUACUGCAGCCGCGCCAGCAGCAGCAGCAGCAGGCUCAGACCGGGGCCCAGGAGGAGGCAAAAGCGAGGGCCCCGGUCCCGGAGACGCAGGCGUCGCAGGAGACACAGCAGGUCAACGCACGAGAGCGCCAUGGUGGUGGAGGCUCCAGGUCACAGGGCGGCUGCGGCGAGGGCGGCGCCGACCACGUCGCCGCCACACUGGACGAUGUGCAGCAGGCACUGCAGGAACAGCCGCAGCCGCAGGAACAGCCGCAGCCGCAAGCGCAGGAGCUGCAGCCGCAGGAGCCGCAGGAGCUGCAGCCGCAGGAGCCGCAGGAGCAGGAGCCGCAGGAGCUGCAGCCGCAGGAGCUGCAGCCGCUGCUGCUGCAGCAGCUGCAACAGGAGCAGCUGCAGGAGCAGCCGCAACAGGAGCCAAUUGAAGAGCCAAGCCAGGCGCAGCAGGGUGAGGCCGCGACUGCGGGCGCCAAGCAGCUGUCUGCGGCGGCGGAGGGUCCAAGGCCGGGGGGCCAGGCGGAAGCGGAGGCGGAGCAGCAGCCGGGGCAGGCGCAGGGGCAGCUGGCGGGCGCCGGGCCUGGCCCUGGCGCUACAGCCGCCGCUGAUGCUGCUGUCGCUGUUCAAGCGGCGGUCGACGAGCUCUCCUCGCAGCAGCAACAAGCACAGCCGCAGCAGCAGCCGCAGCAGGCGGAUGGGGCGGUCGCAGGGACUGCGCCCGCGCCUGCAGGUGGUGACGCCGGUGCAGCCGGGCCCUCACCGCCGCGGGCAGUAGCCGCAGCCGCCGCUGCCGCCGCGGCUUCAGUGCCUCGGGCGCCUGCGCCGGCAGCCGGCAGCCCAGUGACCCCAGUCAGCGGCACGGGCGGGCGGAGCCGGCUGCCAGGGCCUAGCGCCGGAGCCGGCGAUGGCGAUGGCGGCGUGGGUGACGAUGCCGGGGGCGGCAGCGCCGGCCGCGCCACCGCCGCAACCUGGGCGGCUGCAGGCAGCGCGCCGAGCCCCACCGCCGCCGGCGCCACCCCCGGCGCCCCGCUGACGCCCACCCCCACACUGACUGGCAGCGGCGACGGCACGCCCCUGACCGGCACGGCUGCUACUGCCACAACCACCACGUGCGGCGGCGGCAGUAGCGCGGGCAGCCCCAGCUGCAGCCUGGGGCUGGUGGGCAGCCUGGCGGCGGCGGCGGAGGAGCUGUCGCGUGUGCACAAGGGCCUGGUGUCCGGCGACUGCGACCGCUGCCUGGCCAGUGUGGUGGUGACGGAGGAGCUCAAGACCGCCAUGGCAGCGGCGGGCGUGAGGGCCAGCCUGCGCGGAGUGACGGCGGACAGGGAGCACCAGAAGCGCCUGAAUCGCUGGGAGGUGCUGCUGAUGCGCGCGCGGCAGCAGCAGGGCAUGUGGGACGAGCUCACCACCGUCACCGGCAGAGGCGGAGCCGCCGCUGCAGGAGGCAGCAGGCGCCGGAAGCGCCAGCGCGCAGGCAGCGGCGGCGGCGGCGCCAACAGCACUCACCAGGCCGGUGCUGCUGGCGGCGCCGCUGGGGCGGCUGGGGCGGCCGCGCUCGACCAGGCGGAACAGCAGCAGCAGCAGCAGCAGCAGCAGCAGCAUCAAGCUAAGGAACAUGGGGAGGGGGAGGGGGAGCUCAUGGGGGAUGGCGAGGAGGAGGAGGAGGAGGCAGCUGUGCCGGACAGCGAUGAGGAGCUGUCGGACUUUGGGCCGGACGAGCAGUGGCUGCUGACCGAGGCCUUUGUGACACCGCCGCCGCCUUCUGGCAGGCCGGCAGUCGCAUCAGCAGCACCAGCAGCAGCAGCAGCACCAGCAGCACCAGCAGCAGCAGCAGGAGCGCCAGCGGGAGCAGCUGCAGGGGCUGUGCUGGCGCCAGCGGGUGCGGGUGCUGAUGGGGUUCCUGGUGGCGAGGGCGAGGCGGACGCGAUGAUGGACGUGGACAUGGUCGCCGCCACCGCCCUCACCACCGCCACCACCACCGCCACCACCACUGCGGCCACUGCCACGGAAACCAGCAGGUCGCCCUACAGGGGCACGGCAGGAGCCGGCGGCCCCGAGGGCGCUUCUGGCGGUCAUGGUGGUGGUGACGGUGGUGGCGGCGGUGGUGGCGGCGGUGUGGACGGCCGCCCUGCAGCCGCGGCGCCGACGGAAGCCGCUGCUGCCGCUGCCGCACCCGCCGCCUCGGGACCUGCUGGCGCAGUCGCACCUACGCACACAGCCGAGGACAGGGCGGCGGAACAGGCGCCCCAGCGGCUGCAGCAGUCGCCGCAGGGGCCGGCGGGGCAGCCGCUGCCUCAGGCCAGUGAGGACGAGACGCAGCCGCCCAGCCUGGAGCCGCCGCCACCCUCUGCCGCCGCCGCCGCCACGGCCGCCACUGCCGCCGGCUCAGUCCCGCCCAGCCCAGCUGGUCCUGCGCAGCAGUCACCACAUGCUGGCUUGGCACACGCGGCCGCAGGUGCAGCGGGUGCAGCAGCGGCUGACGAUGAGGAGCAGGAGGCAGCGCCCGCCGCCCAGGUCGGCUCUGUGGGCACCCCCAGCGCCGGCCGCGCUGCUGCACCCGCUGUGGAACCGGUGGCGGGAGAGGCGGCAGCAGCAGCAGCAGCUGGGCUGCAGCGCGGGACAGCUGCCACCACAGCCGCAGCGGCGGCCGCCAACGCCGCCUCCGCCACCAAGCCCCGCGCCACGUUUCGCGGCCUGGCCUCCGUCGCGGCGGCCACGGGCCUGAACGGCGCUGCCAGCCGCGCAGCCCUGGCGGGUGCGCCCGCAGGGCCCAGCUCGCACGUGCCUCCUUUCCCCGCCCGCCUGGAUGGGUCCGAGGAGGGCAGCACUGUCACCGUCCCCGCCGCCGCCACUGCAGCUGCUGCUGCUGCCGGUGUGGGUGUCGGUGGCCAGGCGUCGCAGCCGCUGCUGACGCUGCAGGCGAGGCCGCCACCGACCGGCGUGUUAGGCCUGUUUCAGCAACAGCUGCAGCAGCUGCAGCCGCAGCGGCUGGAGGCGGCGGCGGCGGCGGCUGCAGGCGCCGCCACGACGACUGCCGCUGGCGCUGCCGGUGUCGGGGCUGGAGGGGUGCUGGCUGCAGCUCCCAUGGAGCUUGCCGCGACUGAGCCGGCGGCCGCACCGGCGCUGACCGGCGGCGCUUGCACCGCCGGUCACGGCGGCCAAGGCCAGGGCCAGGGUGACGGCCAGGGUGACGGCCAGGGCCAGGGCCAGGAGGGGGGCCAGUUCGGGGGCGCGGGCGACAGCCAGGUGGUGUUUGAGCUGAACCUCAGUCUGGGACUGGGGCUCAGCGGCGGCGGCGGCCAUGAUGGUGGCGGGCCCGCCCUCCGGCAGCAGGAGCAGGUGGUGGCGGUGGUGGCAGCGGUGGCUGGAGGCGAGGGCGUGGGAAAGGACGGCAGCGGCGCCGCAGGAGCCGCAGGAGCUGCAGGUGGCGCUGGCGGCGAGUGCGGCGACGACGACUUCCCGCUGGCCAUGACCUUUGGGGGCACCCUGGCCUCGCCCUCCACGCCGCCCACCGAACCGGACGCGGCGGGCCUGACGGCGGCGGGCACCACGGCAGCAGGCGGCGGUGCCGGCCAGGGCGAGGCGGAGGAGGGCGAGGAGGGCGAGGAGGCGCUGGGGUCCAUGAUGGUCCCCGCCACACUCGCUACCCUGCCAUCGCCCGGCCGGGAAGACGGCGGCGGCGGCGGCGCGGGGGCCGCAGUGGCCACCACCACCGCGGGGCUGGAUGGCAGCGAGGGCGCGGACGGCAGCGGCGGCGGCGAUGCCGGCGCCUCGCACGCCGUGUCGCUGUCUUUUGGCUUUGUGCAGAUGCCGCCGCCGCCGCCCCGGAUGCCCGGCGCUAGCGCUGGCGGUGCUAGCGGUGCCGCUGGCGGCGGCCGUGCCGCUGCCGGGGCCGCCCUGCCGCCGCCCUCUCACCCUCACCCUCACUCGCAGCCGGGGCCGUGCUCCUCUGCGCUGGUGGUGGUGGGCUCACUGGCCUGCUACGCCGGCAGCGGCACACUGCCGCCGCCAGGCACACAGACGCAGACGGACCCCGAGACACUGCCGCGCAGCGGCGGCGUCGGUGGCGGCGGCGGUGGAGGAGGAGGAGCCGGCGGAGAAUGCGCAGGCGUCGGCAGUGGCAGUGACGGGGCGGGUGCGCUGCCUGCCUCGCUCUCGGGUGCAGCCGCGGGGUCCAGCCGGUCGAAUUUCAGCUUUGGGCGUGGAGCUGGCGGCCUGCGGGUUCGCGGCGGCGGCGGCGGCGGCGGCAGUGCCGGGGACGAGGACGCGUCCGGGACGCCCACCAUUGCCGGGGGUGGCAUGGGGCCGUUCGGGGCCGCGGCUGAGGCUGCCGCCGCUGACGGAGAGGAGUGCGAGGAGGAGGGGCUGCAGGAGGCGGAGCUGCAGGAGGAGGGGCUGCAGGAGGAGGACCGCGGGGGGGUGGACCUGGAGGGCGGCGAGGACGCCGACGUGGUUGACACACGGGAAGAGGAGGAGGCGGAGGAGGAGGAGGAGGCGCAGGCGGAAGCGGAGGCGGAAGCUGGUGAGGAGGAGCUGCUGCCCCCCACCGAGGACCAGCAGCACCAGCACCAGCACCAGCACCAGCAGGCUCAGGCGCAGGGGCAGCCGGCAGUCGGGCCGGGCAAGGGCCGCUCUGGUGCGGCGGCCGCGGCCGGAAUGACGCGGCGCGGCUCUCAGGGCGCGGCUAGGGGCUCCGCAGCACCCGCAACCGCACGUGGCUGUGGCAGUGUGGGCAGCGCCAGCACAGGAGCUCGCCGGCCGGCGGCGGCGGCGGCUGCCGGUGCCAGUGCGCCGGCGCCGGUGCCGCUGGUGAGGCGGCUUAACUCGCAGGAGCGGCGCGCGGAGCGGCUGGCGGCGUCGCGGCGGCAGCAGCUGCAGCUGGCGGCGCUGGAGCGGAAGACCACUGGCGGGGCCGCCGUGACGGCUGCAGCGGGGGCGGCCAAGCAGCCCGCCGCGGGUGCGGGUGCAGGGGCGGGGGCUGGGGCGGCGCCUGGCCGGGUGGGGCUGUCUCCUUCCGUGCGGCCGCCGCAGCCGCCCGCCGCCAACGGGGCUCAGGGAGCAGUGCGCUCGCCAUCGCCCUCACCCGGCCACACUGCAAAGCAGCAGCAACCCCCGCAGCAGCAGCAGGCGUGGCAUAUGCCGCGGCAGCAAGCGUCGCCACAGCAGCAGCCACCGAGGCAGAAGCCGACAACGCCCUCGGCGCUGCAGCAGCGCCCCCUCGCCAAGGCCGUCAGCAUCAAGGUAGAGCCUCCCCCACAUCCGCACCCGCACCAACACCCGCACCCGCAGCGCACACCGCCGCCUGCUCCGCGCGCCUCCCCCAAGGCCGCGGCCACCCCGGCCGGCAAGGGCGGGCUCCAACAGCACCAGCAGCAGCAGCCACGGGGUGCCGUGUCGCCGGCGGACCCGUCUGACCCCUACUACCUACCCUCGCUGCCCUCGCCCACCGACGGGGAGGAGGAGGCUGAGGCGCGGUGGGCUCGUGUGCGCGCGCUGGGCGACGAUGCGGAAGAGGCAGAGGCCACGGCGGCACGGCGGCAGGACAAGAGCUCCUACCCGGCGCACAAGCGGCCGCGCCUGGACAGCCCGUCGGCCGCCGCGGCCACUGCCAACGGGAACGGUGUGGGCGCUUCCCCGCAGCGGCUGGGUGGGCUUGCCAGCCGCCGGCCACUGGCUGCCGCCGCCGCCGCCGCCGCCGGCACCACCAACACCACUGCCACCACCCCAAGGGCCGCGGCAGGUGCUGCCAAGCCCCAAUCGCCCAGCGGACAGCCAACCCACGCGCCAGUGGCUCAGGACUCCUCGCCCACACGCCGCAGUCCCCGAAUCAAUCCGGAUGCAGCUGUGCAGCUACCGCCGCCGCCGCCGCAGCAGCAGCAGCAGCAGCAGCCCUCGUCCUUGGCACCCAGUGGCGCAUCUGCGGGCCCCGAGGCGGCAGCGGCGGCAGCGGCCCGCGCCAAGCAGACGCCGGCGGCGGCGCCCCAGGGCUCGGCCGCGCGAGGCGUGGUGCACCGGCGACGUGUGGUGUUCACACAGCCGGACAGUCAGGAGGAGGAGGAGCUCAGCUUGGCGGCUGCUGCUGCUGCUGAGACGGCGGCGGCGGCGGCGGCUGCAGCUGCUCAGGGCGGUGCGGAAGGCCGUUGGCUGGGCCGGCGGCGCGACGCAGAUGGGCCUGCGACAGCGGCGGCGGCCUCGGCGGCGGCAGCACGGCAGCAGCGCACGCUGUCGCCUCUGGGUGCUCGGCCGCCGCUGCCGCCGGCAUCGGCGAGGGCUGCAGGCGCGGCGCCGGGCCGUGCGGCGCCCACGGCCCGGCCCCGCCCCGCCGCUGCCACUGCCGCCGCUGCCGCUGCCCCGGUCGACUCGCUGGGCCUGCCUGCUGACCCAGACCACCUUUUCUCAAGGGCUGGGCCCAGCCCGGCGGCAGCGGCAGCGGCAAAAGCAGUAGCAGCCGGCGCUGCAGCCGCAGGCGGGGGUGUGGGCGCGGCCUCAGGCGGGGGUGGGGGCAGCCCCGGUCUGGGCCUGCAGUGGGGCCGCCGCGCCAGCCGCCGCAGCUCCGUCAGCACCGCCGCCACGCCCUUCGCGGCGGCAGCCUCCACUGCAGGCCGGAGCCGCAGCGCCGGCGCCACCGCCGCCGCCGCUGCGGGUGCUGGCGCCGCUGGUCGGGAAUGCGAGCUGGUGGAGCUGGCGACGUCGGAGGAGGAGGAGCAGCAGCAGCAGGCGCAGGCGCAGGGGCCGAGGCCGCGGAGCCAGCGGCAGGGGCGCCAGCGGCAGGGGCAGCGGCGGCGCAGCUCGGCGGCGAGCCCCGCGGCGGGCCGGCGUGUGUCGACCGGCGAUGACGUGGACAGCGGCGCAGAGGCCGGCGGCAGCGGGGACGAGGGCGGGGGCGCGGACGCAGGCGCGGCGGGUGCGGCGGGUGCGGCUGGGGACCCAGUCGGGGGUGUUGGGGCGGCGGCUGCCGGUGGCGGCAGGAGGAGGCAGGGGCCGGCGGCGGACGUUGGGAGCCUGGGCGGGCCGCGGCCGCACAAGCGGUUCCGCAGCAUUCACGACAUUGUGACCGACGGGCUGGAGGAACAGGAGGGGCAGGAGCGGCAGCAGGUGGCGGAGGCGCCUGGCGCCAGCGCGGCCGCCGCGCCAGCGGCCGCCGGCAAGCCCCCGGCCGCGCGGGCCAGCUCCGACGCCGCACCCCUCCGUCGCAGUUCCCGGCUGGGCACCGGCGGCUCGGCGGCCGGGGAGUCGCAGGCCGGCGGCAGCCGCCGCCGCUCGCACCCCUCCGCGGCCGCCGCUGCCGACGUCGGCGCCACACCGGUGCCGCUGCCGCUGCUGUCGCAGCCCAGCUCCUCCGACCCCGGCACACCCGACGGCGGCCGCCUGCGCAAGCGCGGCCCGCCCGCCGGCGCCUCGGGCAUGGAGUCCCUCCUCCGCCGCACCAAGCGCCAGCGCUGCGCGGCCUUUGGCGGCGUCACCUUCGUCAUCACCGGCUUCGCACGCAACCCGGGGCUGGGCACCAGUGACGGCGGCGGCGGCGGCGCAGCCGCUGCCGACGGCGACGGCGGCGGCGCGGUGCCCGGCGCCAGCCGCAUGUCGCGCCGUGAGGUGGUGAACCUGAUUGUGCGCAACGGCGGCACCAUCAUGGACGACCUGCCGCAGCCGGUCAUGACGCCGGCAGGGGCGGGCGGUGGCGGCCAUGGCGGCGGUGGUGCGGGCGGUGGUGCGGGCGGCGGGGCGUCGUCCUCGCCGGGCAAGGCGGCCGCCGCUGCCGCGGCGGCGGCGGCGGCGGCGGCUGCCGCCGCCGCGCCGUGCGCUGUGCGUCAGCUGCCGGAUGUGGUGAUUGCGGACUGCGCGGAGCGGCGCACCUGCAAGCUGCUGGGGCCGCUGGGGCGCGGCGUGCCGGUGCUGUCGGCGAGGUGGCUGAGGGACAGCGCGGCGGCGGCGCGCUUCCUGGACCCCUUCGCGCCGCCGCCGCCAGGGCUGGGCGGUGGAGGAGGGGGAGGCGGAGGAGCGGGAGCAGGGCAGGCGGCUGCGGUGCAGGACUACGUGUUGCAUGCGCCGCGGCCGCACCUGCAGCAAGCCGGCGUGUUCGCAGGCGUGCGGCUGUACCUGGCGGGCGACGGCGCCUUCCGCUCCACCUUCGGCCGCGUGCUGUCCAUGGCGGGGGCGCUGCUCAUGGAGCAGUGGGAGGCGGCGGGGCCGGCGGCGCCGGGGGCUCUGGGCUCGUGUGUGGUGGAGGCGGCGGUGGACCUGGUGGUCGCCGACGGCCCGCCCGCACCCGGAGGCAGCGGAGCAGCAGCAGCAGCAGCAGCACAGGCAGAGGCUGGCGGCGCCGGCUGCAGCCCGGCCGUGUCGGCGGCGGCGCUGCUGCCUGACGCGGCAGCGGCGGCGCGGCUGCUGGCGGGCAAUGCGCCGCUGCGGCGGGCGGUGCGGUCGCUGGGCAUCCCCGUAGUGGACAAGGAGUGGGCGGUGGGCGUGCUGCUGCGCGGAGCACUGCCGCCCGGAUUUAGGCCGGCGGCGGCGGCAGCGGCGGCGAUUGCAGUGGCAGCGGCUGCGCCUGCCACUGGCCGGAGGGAGCAGGUGGCGGCGACGGCGGUGACUCGCAGCCCACUGCCGCCGGCCCUGGCGGCUGCGGGUGCAGGGCGGUCGCCUGAGCUGCAGAAGCAGCAGGCACGGGCGCAGGCGCAACCGCAGUCCCGCCAGCAGCCGCAGCAGCAGCGCACUCCGCCGCCUCCAGCAUCUGCACACAAGCAGCAGCAGCAGCAGCAGCAGCAGCAAGCGGGGCGUGCGACAGAUGACAAAGCAAGCGCGCGCGUGGCUGCUGCGGCGGCGGCGGGUGCAGCAGUGGCGGGUGCGGCUCCGCCCUCCGCGCCGCCGCGCAGCAGCAGCCACAAGGCACCUGCUGCUCGUGCUCACGCCGACACCCACGGCCACAAGCACGCCGGCGACGAGCCAGUUGCUUCAGGGCUCGAGGCCGGCCAGGAGGAGCAGGAGGCGGAGGCGGCUGACGCCGCCGCGGGUGCGGACCGGCGCGGGACGCCCACGCGCACCGCACGCGGCGCUGUCGCAGGCAAGGCCGCGGCCGCCGCAGCUGCGGUCCCACAGCACCACCUCCGGCAGCAGCAGCAGCAGCAGCAGCCGUCCAGCUCGCCGGCAAAGGCCGCCACCGGCGCCGCUGUCGCUACCGGAGCCGUCGCCCCCACGUGCGCCGUGCCGCUGUACGACUUUGUGCGGUGGGUCCAGCCCGCCGCCGCGGCGCCCGCCGCACCCCCGGCGGCACUGCCGGGCGCGCCGCGCUUCUACGCCUCCUUCACGCGGCGCCCGCAGCGGCCGCGCGCCAGCGGGGCCGGCGCCUGUGACGACUGCGACCCGGCAGCGCAGGCGGAGGAGGCGGAGGCAGAGGAGGCGGCGGAGGAGGUGGCGGUGGGGGAUGUGGUGGAGGUGGCGCCGCUGCCGGGGCAGGCGCUGCCGCCGGUGCUGGUGCUGGAGGAGCUGUGGGAGGAGGGCGCGGCGGCGGCGGCGGCGGCGGCGGCGGCGGCGGCGGCGGGCGGUGGUGGCGGAGCCGGGGGAGGGGGCGGGGGCGGCGGAGCGGGGGGUGCGGUGCGGCUGGCGUCGGGCCGGCUGCUGCUUCGCUCCGAGGAGACGCCCUUCCCGCUGGCCCCCGCGCCGCUGCCGCAGCUGUUCCGCUCCGCCUUCCGGUCCGAGCGCCUGCCGCUGGCCGCCCUCAGCACCCGGCUCACUGUGCACACCAGCGCCGCGGCGGCCGCGGCGGCCGCGGCUGUGGCUGCAGCGGCCACACCGCCGCAGCAUAUGUCAUCUCCACGUGGCAGCGCUCAACAGCAGGGUCAGCAGCAGGGUCAGCAGCAGCAGGGGCGGCAGUUUGUGUGCCAGUUCGCGUACGACCACCGGACAACAUCACUGGGCAUGGCCAUGCUGCAGUAGAGCAGCAGCAGCAGCAGCGGGCAGGAGGCAGAGACAGAGAUGUAAGGAAGGUGUGGGAAAGGGUAGCAAAAGGGUAGGGGUAGGGGUAUAGCAGCAGGAAUAGCACAACCGUAGGUAGCAGCGGCGAGAGCAGUAGCGGGGAAGAGCGUGCGUGAUCGUUGACACAAUCAUUUAAACGGUUGAGUUUGUGUGGUCACUGUGGUGAUGCCUCAUGCCGUGGCUCAAGAAGAUGUCAUAUAGCCUCCAGACAGCAUGACUGCUGGGCAACGGCAUGAAAUGCAUUGGUGUGAGAUCGCGGGGGCUGGGGGCGAUGAGAGAUUCCC